UUGAAAUAAAGUCAGAAAUAUCAAUUUCUCCAAAAUAUCCCCUUUAAUUCAAAAAUAACCUAACUUCUAAUUGGAGCCCUCUUCAAACUGCGCCCAAAACAUAGAAUUUUCUCAACUAUAAAAAUCCGCCUUUGAAUGUGAAUCUCAUUUUCUAUAGUAUCAACAACUAUCUGCUGGAAGCUAUAGCUUCAAAGAUUAUAAAGCAUACACUUCGCCUAGCGGGUAAGAGAAUUUAUUUCGCAGUCGUAAAUAUUCAGCAUUGCAAGUAACAAGUUAAGUUUAGUUAACAAAUAAUAACAAAUUAAAAAAAUGUGUGCGUUUCUAACAAUCAAGACUGAAUUCGAAAAACAAUUAAAUCAGCUAUUGUCAGUUAGGAAGGAACGAACUCUCCUUAUGACAGACGAUCGUUAUAAUGAACUUAUAGCAGAGACUAAGGAAGCCAUUGAAAGACGACGUUGUGGCUUAGAAUUGUCAGGGCUGCAUUAUCGUCGGAUUAGAAGAUUUGACAUAAUCAAAAUUGAUGGUGAUGAAAAAUUGGUCCAGCGAAAUGAAAAUGAACGUGAUACAUCACCAUCAACAAAAACGAUGAUACACUUUUGCAAGGCGAGUGAUAUGUUUGAGGCUAUACAUAAUGCUCAUUUGAAAAUUGGUCAUAAGAAAGAGAAAGGCAUGGAAUUCGAGUUAAAGAAAAUGUAUUGCAAUAUCACAAGAGAGGUGUUAGCGAUCUAUUUGAAGCUGUGUCCAACUUGUGCACUAAAGAGGAAAUAUAAAGAAAAAGCUGCAAGUGUUAAGGUGGAUGCUUUACCUGAUGACUUGAGUUUACGUUGUCAAAUUGACAUUAUUGACAUGGAAGUGCAAACAGAUCAAGGUUAUCGAUUCAUAUUGAAUUAUCAGGACCAUCAAACGAAGUUUUUGAUCCUUCGGCCAUUAAGGACGAACACUCCGGUAGAAAUAGCUGAUAUCCUUUUUGAUAUAUUUUGCUUGAUCGGAAUUCCUAACGUACUUCUAUGCUCAAAUGAAUAUGGACUUUGUGAUAAAGUAGGUAUACACAUUCAUUCGACUUUACAACCUUCUAAUAUCUUUGAAAUUUUAUCAGAUCCUUCAAAAUCUUUCGGACAACUGCAAUGUAAAGCUGGUAAAAGGAGAAUUUAAACAAGAACCUAUUCAACGAAUCUCUCAAGAUAUAUUCCGAACAAUUGUUGCUUGGAUAUCACACAAUAAUUCAAAUAAUUGGUCCUCCACUCUGCGAAUCAUUCAAAGUUUAAAAAAUCGUUGUUUCAAUCCUUCAAUCAAACGUACACCAUUUGAAGCACUUUUUGGUAAUCGUCAAUCAAUUUCUCUGCUAGAUAAACAAAUUAAUUUUGAGUUACAAACUGAAAAUGAAUUUAAGCAAAAAAUUGAUUUAUUCCGACAAAAAUUGAAUGAAGUCAAUGAAAUUCGUAAAGAAAUCAGUAAGAGUCAUGAAGAAGCUUUACAACGAAAUCGUGAUAAUCCUCAGACGUUAUUAUCAACUCGAUGUUUAAAUUGUGAACAAAUUUUGGUGGCAGAAGUUUUUUGUUGGAAAUGUAAUGGACCAUUGCAUUUUAAUUGUGCAUUGACAAAUGAUUAUUCGGAGAAUCCAUUUUGUCAAUUAUGUGCAAAUAAGACAGCUGUUCAUGUGAUAAGAAAAGGAAAGAAACGAAAGGUGGUGGAUGAAUUUGAAGAAAGACAAUUUGAUUUCAUGACGUGUCCUUUGUUAACCCAUGAAGAGUUUUGGUGAUUUGAAAUUUAGAACUAAAAAUUUUCAUUGUUUGAAUGUUAAACAGGAUUAUGAAUUAAAGAAUGCUUUUCCAAGUCGGGGGAAAAGCUAAUUUUCUUUAAAGAAAAAUAGUUUUGUUAAAAGUGUACAAAUGUAAAAUUAUAAAUAAAAUAUAUCUCUCUUAAAAGUA